AUGGAACUCAGACAAGCAGCCGGUGACUUCAAGGAUGAUGGAAGCUCCUUCAUGUGCUCCCGGCUCUACGUCGCGGCGUUCGAGGGGCGCACGCAGGAGGUCGCCGGCCUCCUGGCGGGAAGAAGCGGCGACGCUCCGGCGGCAGCGCACUCAAAAGGUAUCGCGGUUGAUCACCAUGGGCGACCAUGUACGACCCAGGAGGUCACCGGAGAGGGGAACACGCUGCUGCACAUCGCCGCCGGGCAGGGCCACGGGGGGCUCAUUGCCGAGCUGUGCUACCACGACGUCUCCCUCCUCUCCUCCGUGAACCGGGCGCUGGACACGCCGCUGCACAGCGCGGCGAGGGCCGGCCACGCGGACGCCGCGGAGGCCGUCGUCCGGCUGGCCCGGGCCAGCGUGGAGGAGGACGCGCUCCGCGGGAUCCUCCGCGGCAGGAACGACGCCGGGGACACGGCGCUGCACCUGGCCGCGAGGCACGGCCACCGCGAGGCGGUGGAGAGGCUCAUGAAGCUGGCGCCGGAGCUCGCCGCGGAGGCGGACGGCGCUGGCGUGUCGGCUCUGUACCUGGCGGCGAUGAGCGGGUCCGUGGACGCCGUCAGAGCCAUCGCCUCGCACGGCGACGCGUCGGCCGACGGACCCAACUCGCAGAAUGCCUUGCACGCCGCCGUUCUCCAAAGUUCAGAAAUGGUUGACUUGCUCUUGCAAUGGAGGCCGGCACUCACCAGCAACCUUGACACAAACAAGAGCAGCCCACUGCAUUUUGCGGCAUCCGACGGUGACCGCUCGAUCAUCGAAGCUCUCUUAGCACAUUCACCGCCCAGCACCGCAUAUCUGCAGGACAGUGACGGCUUCUCAGCUCUGCAUGCUGCAGCAAAGAUGGGCCAUGUGGCCGCCGUCCGCCUGCUGCUGGAACUAUACCCUUCUUGCGCCGACAUUCGUGACAAGCGGGGCAGAAGCUUUGUUCAUGUUGCAGCCAUGAAGGGCCGCUCUUCCGUUGUGUCCUAUGUUAUCAAAAGCAAGAUGCUGGAACAUCUUCUGAACAUGCAAGACAAAGAAGGGAACACGCCGCUGCAUUUGGCUGUGGCAGCAGGGGAGCACAAGGUUAUCUCCAAGCUGUUGUCAUGUAAGAAGGUGCAUACCCACAUGAUGAACAAUGCUGGCCGGACACCAUCUGAUCUCAUAGAGGAUUCGACUGGUUUCUACUCAAUGAUAAAGCUAGUGGUGAAACUGUAUAUUUCUGGAGCACGGUUCAGGCCAGAGAGGCAAGACCAUAUAGAGAAAUGGAAGGGUCAGGAUAUCAUGAAAUGGCGAGAGACGACAUCGAAAAAUCUUGCGAUUGUCUCCACACUCGUGGCAACAAUCGCCUUCUCUGCAGCGUUCAAUGUGCCUGGAUCAUACGGAUCUGAUGGAAAGGCAAAUCUUGACGGGGAUCGUUUCUACAACGCCUUCUUGGUGUUGGACACCAUUGCCGUGACCACAUCUGUGGUUGCAACAAUACUGCUGAUCUAUGGGAGAGCUUCACGGACAAAUCGCUCCUGGAUAGGCUUCAUUGUGUCAAUGCAUUUCCUUUGGGUGGCACUGAAUAGCAUGAUGCUAGCCUUCUUCAUGGCUAUAGCCGCCGUGGUGAGCGACAAGAACCCCAUGAAGAUUGCAUUGUCCCAGCUGAUGUACGGUGGGUUGUACAUCUUGAUGACACUGCUUGCAAGCUUUGCAACGCCCGGAUCGUUUCUAGGUGUUGUGCGGUUUUUGGUUGGCGGUUGUUCUGAACAUCUACGGCGUUCCAAAAGACGCAUAAGUCGACAGUUCCCCUUUGUUGUAUAUUAUGCUUUUAAUGUGAUUGUGUUCAUCAUUGUGAAUACAAUAGUACUUGUAUCAAUUAGUGUUGCUGGUCGUCUGCCUAGGUAGAAUGGCUCAGAUCAUCAUGCAGUACUACUAUUUUAAACAUGAGUCUUCUUAAUUGCUAACAUUUUUGUACUUAUGAUUAAGCAUAUUUGUGUGUGAGUUAACAUUUCCUUUUGUACAGAAGAAUUUUGAGAGAUCAUGGUUACAAAUGUUA